AUUUCGAUAGAGCUCUAUGUGUGUAUUGGUUUUGAUUAGUGUUACCUUGAGUAUUUACGGAAGUCGCAUAAUAACAAAAAGUUGCAAAGUUGUUUAACUAUUUGAGAGAUAUAAUGGCAGAUAUGGAGAUACAAAGUAAUAAAAUGUCGAUAACGGAGGAGACACAAGUGACGCGCAAAGAGUGCGGGAAGAGAGGACGAAAGCCAGGAAGAAAGACGUCUACUGAAAAAUUGGACAUCAAGGCCAAACUAGAACGCAGCAGACAAAGUGCUAGGGAAUGUCGGGCGCGCAAGAAGCUGCGGUAUCAGUACCUGGAGGAAUUGGUGGCGGAUCGGGAGAAGGCUGUAGUUGCUCUGCGUACCGAACUGGAGCGCUUAAUUCAAUGGAAUAACCAAUUAGGCGAAAAUAACACUCCAACCAACAAUGACCAGUUACUUCAGGAACUCGGAAUCCUCAAACAAGAAUAACCUACAUUUAAAUUUUUAGCAUAAGUAUAUGACUUUUAUAAUAAAUGCACCACAGUUACAAUUUAUAUUAUUAUGGAA